UCACUCUGAAAAGCUCCUGUAAACGUAAGCAUUUGAUAUAUUACACUUCACUAACUUUUAUAAUAAUCUAUCUUUUAUCCAAUAUUUUGGUUUGAUGGACAUCCCAUAGUUAUUCUUCUUUAACUGAAUAUUAAUAUAAUAUAAUUCAACAGUGAAGCUAAAAACACCCCAUCCCUUUUACCGGAAAUACGUUGAACCGGAAGGACUUGUGUUUCCGCGGGUCUUUUGGGACAACAACACAACUACACGGUGUGCAGAAAUGGCGGAUGUAAAUGUCAUGGAAAAGAAGCUGGCUGAAUAUAAGUGUGAUACCAACGAAGCUAUCUGCCUGAAGCUGGUUCGUGAUCCCGAGGACAUUGAUGAUGAUGGGACCACAUUUCAUCCAGAAUACAGCCACCAAAUAUUUGGAGAUGAUGAAGUUGCGUUUGGAUACAAAGGUCUUCAGAUCCAGCUGUUCUACACCCCAGGAAACCUAAGCACCCUCUUCAAAGUGAAAUAUUCCUCAAAAGUCACUGAGACCUUCGAUUGUGUGGAGCCCGACGACGUCGAGGGGAAGAUCCGCGAAAUAAUCCCCGCCGGAUUCACCGCCAACACUGAUGACUUCGUCUCGCUGCUGGAGAAAGAGGCCAACUUCAAGCCCUUCGGCGCCCUACUUCACUCGUACACAGUCCACAACGAGGAGGCAGGAGAGCUCACCUACCAGAUCCACAAGGCGGAUAUCACCUGCCCGGGAUUCCAAGAGUACCACGAGCGCCUGCAGACCUUCCUCAUGUGGUUCAUCGAGACCGCCAGCUACAUCGACGCCGACGAUGAUCGUUGGGACUUCUUUCUUGUAUUUGAAAAGUACAAUAAAGAUGGGGAGACUCUCUACGCCACUGUUGGCUACAUGACAGUUUAUAAUUACUACGUAUACCCAGACAAAACCCGACCACGUGUAAGCCAAAUGCUGAUCCUGCCUCCGUUCCAAGGUGAGGGUCAUGGAGCUCAGCUCCUGGAGGCCGUGCACAGAUUUUACUGCAGUCUGCCCAAAGUGCAAGACAUCACCGCCGAGGACCCGUCUGAGAACUAUGUGAAGCUGAGGGAUUACGUUCUGGUGAAGCUCUGCCAUGCUCUGCCAUCCUUUGCCGCAGACAAGCUGGCCCUCGGGUUCUCCGCCGACAUGGUGCAAGAGGCGCGAGACAAGCUGAAAAUUAACAAGAAACAUGCGAGGCGAGUGUAUGAAAUCUUGCGUCUAAGAGCAACAGACAUGAGCGACGAGGCAAAAGCCAGAGAGUACAGGCUGGAAGUAAAGAAGAGGCUGUUUGGACCAUACAGGAAAAACCAGAGGGAGCUGGCAAAGAUGAGGAAGUGCCUGCGGCCGGAGGAGCUGGUGUCCCACAUGGGUCAGAUGGACACUCAGACACAGCACGAGGAGCUGGAGAAGAGUUAUCAGGUUGUUGUGGAAGACUACAGGAAAAUCAUUGAGCGGCUAGCGACACAUGCCUGAUGUGACUGUGGCCCCCUGCUGGCCUGGAACCCACCCGCUCAGCGUACAGGCGCUCUGCUCAGCCUGUAGAACAACCCACACCUCGACGGACUUUAAGCAGCAGCCGAGAAGAGGCUGUGUUGAUGUAACAAAAUCAGCGGUCGAAUUGAAGAGUAUUACAGGUUUGUAGGAGCUGGUGAUGGGCUGCCACAGAAAAGGCCUGUCUGCAUGCCAGCUGAUGUUGAUAUUAGUAGAGAGGGGGUAAUAGUGAAGCUGGAGGGCGCGAUUGCUGUUUAUCCCACGUGUUUUAUCACAUUGUGCGAGAUGAAAUGUGUAGUUUUUUCACAGGUGUUCAAACCCUGCUUCUCCUCCAUCCUAGGCGUUUUUUCAAAAGAUCUUUUGUCAAAAGUUCCCGAUGUGUGUUUUGAAGCACUUCGUAAUGAAAUUAAAAAGUGGUUUUGUAUAUUGUUCAAAUGGGGCGGAUUCUUUAGAAAAAAACAGCACAAAACAAUAAAACUGAGCAACUGAGUUUGGUCUUUAUCAUUUAGGUUGCAAACACAAAGGCUCCUCACAUAAGAGAAAACCUACUCGCCAGCAGCUUCCUGUAUUAGCUCUGUGCCCCACAUCAACCGUCUUAAGCUUUUAAAAUGGCUUUGCUUUGCUGCCUGAGGGCUCGUAUGACGUAUGCCAGGAUCCUGGUGAUAGACCUGCACAGCAGAUGCACACACAGAUGGGAAUUGAUUCUGAUUUUUGGCAGUCCCACCAGGUCAUUGGCGUUCUUGAAAAAACCUUUUUUUAGAGAAGAAAUAAAGCCAUUGCAAUGCAUUUCUAGCAAGCUGCUGCACAACCCUUUUUUCUGUCCCUCAAGAAAUUCAUUACCUUCCCAUUAUUAUUCUAUUCAUCCUGUGGUAUUCAGUUGCUGCAUUUAACUGCUGUUUUCAGCUUUAAGACAAAGUACUGAGCUUCUGUGUUUGUGGGGCUUCCCCCAUCCUCCAUCACUAUUCAGACUCACGUGUGACUCCAAGGUUCUUGUCUGGGCUGUAAAACCAAAGCCUUCAUUUCAAACAUCCCCUGAUUGAAAAUUGGUUUGCAAUGUACAGAACUCCCCAAUAAAUACGACGCAUUUUCAUGUAUAAAAUCUUCUCACAGAUAACAAUGGGUUCAUUAAAACAUUAUCCAGU